AUGGAGGAAGGCACCAAGAGCAAGAAGACAAUCUUCAUCGGUGGCAUAGGCGAUGACAUAGACGAAAACGCGCUCUAUGAGACAUUCUCCCCUUUCGGUGAUAUCAUCGAGGUUCAGCUGCCCUCUGCGGCUACCAACCCCAACCAACAAACUGAGGCCAAACACAGAGGCUUUGGUUUUGUUACAUUUGGCUCCCCUGCGGAUGCUCAGGAUGCAAUCGACAACAUGGACCUCAACGAGUUACGGGGGCGCGUGCUCAAAGUCAAUUUAGCCCGUCCCAUGAAAGGCGUGCUGCAAGCCGGAGCUGGCAACAGAGCCAUUUGGGAAACGGAAGAAUGGCUUCAACGCUACGCCAAACCUUUGGCUGAAAGUGGAGGUGUUCAAGGCAGGAAGAAUGGUAGAAUAUCGGAAGAUGGUCAGGAUGACGAGGAAGCAGGCGACGCAAUGGAAGAGUAG